AUGGAAUUAAAUGGACCAACUACUAAACGUGACAAAAUUAAUGAUAACUUAUUAUUUUCAUGUUGUUGUGCCAAAGUUGAUCGUACCUGGUCUGGUGUAUGUGAUUGUCAUCGUGGCAAUUACAAUUGUGAUAUUGACUGUUUACAAGAGAGUGUUGAUAAAGAAUCGGAUGAAUCAUUAUAUUACAAAGUUGUUUUGAAUCUUUUUGAUAAUAUGGCUUCUGAAUUUCAAGAUUCAAAAGUAUGGUUAAUUGGCCAUUCUCUUGGUGGAUCCUUGGCCUCAUUACUAGGAUUAACUCAUGGCUUGCCAGUGGUUGCAUAUGAGGCACCUGGGGAAAGACGAGCUGCAAAAAAAUUACAUUUACCGGGACCUCCAGCUGUACCAUAUGAACUAUUACCUAUUUGGCAUAUUGGUCAAACUGCUGAUCCUAUUUACAUGGGUCUUUGUAAUGGGAUUACAAGUUGGUGCUAUCUUGGUGGAUAUGCAAUGGAAACAAAAUGUCAUGUUGGAAAAGCAUGUGUAUUUGAUGUAGUUGAGAAAUUAAAAUGGGGUGUGCGAUAUUCUAGAAAGGCUAGGAUUUAUAAAAAACAUAAUAAUAGCAAAAUAAGUUGCUUUCAAAUCACUACUGCUAAUAUUUCACCAAAAUUAUUAGCAGCUUCAAGGAGUGUCUCUGCUAGUUAUAGUAUCAUGUCUACUAUUUCAACAUUGAAAGAAGAAAUAAAUACAUGGUCUUCAUCUACGCCAUCAGACAAAAUUUCUAAUUCGAUUAUUCCUUUAACUACAAUUAACGUUGAAGAUGAAAUACAUAGAACUGCAAUCAAAAUUUUUCAACAAUCAAUAGAUCUUUUAAUAAAUUUAUCUAAUAAUGAUGAUGAAGAUUAUCUUCACAUUUAUUAG